CCUUUUUCUCCUGUUUGGCCAGGCUGUGACAACAUGUUGAUGGGUGUAAAGUCUCUGAAAAUAGUGAAGAAGACUAUGGACACACAUGGCUCUUGGAUGAAAGAUGCUGUCAGCAAUUCCCAAAAGGUUUAUUUCCUAGUUGGAUCCAGAAACAAAACUGUUUGGGAAUUUGCAAACAUGCGGGCAUUCAUGGAGGAUAGCACCAAGCCAGCCCCGCGGAAGCUAAUCCUAACACAUUCCUGGCAGGGAACAGGCCAAGUGAUCCACAAAGGUUUUCUGUUUUUUCACAACCAAGGGACUCUGAAUGAGAUCAUCAAAUAUAAUCUACAGAAGAGGGCUGUGGAAGAUCGGAUGCUGCUCCCAGGAGGGGCAGGCCGAGCACUGGUCUACCAGCACUCCCCGUCGACAUACAUUGACCUGGCUGUGGAUGAGCAUGGGCUCUGGGCCAUCCACUCAGGGCCAGGCGUCUAUGGCCAUUUGGUUCUCACAAAAAUUGAACCUGGCACACUGGGAGUGGAAUACUCAUGGGACACUCCAUGCAGGAGCCAGGAUGCUGAAGCCUCCUUCGUUUUGUGCGGGGUUCUCUAUGUGGUCUAUAGUUCUGGCGGCCAUGGCCCUCACCGCAUCACCUGUGUCUAUGAUCCGCUGGGCAAUAUCAGUGAGGACGAUCUGCCCAAACUGUUCUUGCCCAGGCGGCCAAGAAGUCAUUCCAUGAUCCAUUACAACCCCAGAGAUAAGCAGCUGUAUGCCUGGAAUGAUGGAAACCAGAUCAUUUACAAACUCCAGACAAAAAGAAAGCAGCCUCUGGAGUAAUGCAGUACAGCAAGGAGGGAGAGCACUAAGGCUGUGGAUGCUGCUCCCCGGGACACUGAGGCCACAGGCCCUUUGCAAUACAGUAUCCCUCUGAUCACAUACAGGGAUAGGGACUAGAACUGGGCUUGCAUAUGCAUCUUUCCCCUGGAUGUUACGGCCUGAGUUAUCUUCCAAGAGCGUAGAUGAGAGUCUGUCAUUCGGAAAUUUUCAACUUCAUCACCCAUCCAAACCUCCUGGCUCUCAAGGCCUUCCACAUGCUGAUCCAGCUUACGGCCUGCCUUUCCUUUACCCCCACCUCCCCAUCCCCCUCCCCUGCCAACAAUUAGAAAUGUAGCCCACCUCCUAAUACUCCUGGCUCCUGUCCUGACCUGUCCUGAUGCUCUUUCCUCUUUCUUAAGUGCCUAUUGGUAUUCUCGUUUUUCACUGCCCAACUAAAGUACAAUUUCUUAUUGAUGUUUAAUCUCUGUGUCCCCCAGCUCUGCCCCUUCACCAAGCUGAGGAGAUACAAGAGGAAAAUAAAACCACUCACAUUUAAACACCACUUGGCUGUUACAAAGUGUUUGCUCCUAUGUACAUCAUUUAAUUCUCAUGCCACCCUGUGAGACAUACAGAAGAGAUCUUUAUAAUUGCCAUUUUAGAGAUCAGAGAAGUUUAGGUGAGCCAUUCAGAGGAACACAGCCUCAAAAUGAAAAUAGGUCUAGAAAAUACCGCAAAUCCCAUAGUCUUUCCGUUGCCCAGGGGAGCAUCAAAUACGUAUGUUUGUUCACCCAGCCUUUUAUAAGCAAUACGUUCAGCAUCUCAUCCUAAAAAAUCAUGGUCUGUCCCCUGCAGCCGGUUUUCAUGUAUGCACAAGACCUUCCCAUAAGCCCUUCAAAAGCUACUUCCUCCAGAAAACCAGCCUACAGCCUAAGGGUGAGGACCCCACCUGCAGCCUCAUCUUGCCUUACCUUCCCCUGUGUCUCUUUCCUUGCUGGAAACACAAUAAAACCGACACUAAGCAAA